CCGGGCUCGUCUCUGGACGACAUCCCGCCCCGCUGCCAUGGGGCCGCCUCGGUGGUCCCCGCUGCUCUGCACGCUGCCGCCGGGCUCAGGCCCUCCCCGCUUCGUGUGCUACUGCGAGCUGGAGGGGGAUGGGGACCGCGGCGGCUUCAGCCUCUAUGUGACGGACGGCGCGGAGCUCUGGAGCACCUGCCAUUCGCCCGACAGCCUGGCGGCGCUCAAAUCCCGCUUUGGCCUGAGUGCGACUGAGGACCUCACCUCCCGGCUCAGGGCAGCUUGCCAGCAGCAAGCCAUGACGGUAAGCCUGCAGGAGGACGGAGCAUCACUGACCCUAUCAGGGGGCCCCGCAGUCCUGGCUUUCAGCCUCUCCAAGGUACCAGGCCCAGAGGCAGCCCCCAGGUUGCAAGCGCUGACUCUAGGCCUGGCAGAGCGUGUGUGCAGUCUAGAGAAACAGCUGGCAGAAGUGACACCUGUCAGCCCCAGGAAGAGCCACCGAUCAGCAGGGCCUCAGCUGUUUUUACCAGAACUUGAUCACCAGAGAGGUGGCUCUGGACCUGGAGUCAGGAGACGGUGUCCAGGCGAGUCCCUCAUCAACCCUGGCUUCAGAAGUAAGAAACCAGCUAGUGGUGUAGACUUUGACGAGUCCUGAAGAUACUGCAAAACGUGUAAAAUUACCAGGAACCUGCCUUCAAGGAGAGGGAUGGCUCAAGACCCCACCCACCAGACAUAACACCCUCUUCUGCCUCCACUGGCUCAUCCUGUUGUUAGGCAGAAGUAAGACUGUUUCUUAAGUCCCUUCCCCAACAAAUAAACUUCUUCCUCUGGUAGA